AUAAGUCUGUUUGGUGUUGUAAUAUCGCUCACCAAACUUCUCUUGAUCCAUUUAAGUAAUUAGUUUAUUUAGAAAAAAAGUACUGCUUUAGAAAAAAACCCAUAAGAAUGAAGAGAAAACUUCACGAUCCGAAAAUUACAAAUGAAGAUAAAGAAGAAUCACCAAAAUCUAAGCGUACCUCACAAAAAAGUGGUUAGUUUUGGUGUUUAGUAAACCCACAAGUGAAAUGCAAAAAAAAACAUUCUUUACUUGCAAUUUUCUGUUUAGUUUAAAUCAUUACAUAUGUUUUCUCUCUAAUUUCUACAAAUUUUCAUACUCAGAUGAGCAUAAAAAGGAAGAUGAAACAGCAACUCUCAAAAUGCUGUCAGUUAUUACCGCUACAUCAACUGGAGCUGAAGAAACAAAUGAUCUAUCAAGUAUUCAAUUGAGCGAAAUAUUCUCAGAAUGUUUUAUAUCAACUAAAAAGCAGAAGAAAAUUGAUGAAUGGCUAAAGAAAUUAAAAAUCUACUUAAAAAACUUAAAUAGUGACCAAUCCAUUGACGUUGAAUUACCCACUUUCUUACCGGAAGAUGUUGAGAAAUUUCAUUUAAAAUCUUCUCAUGCUCCUGAAAAUAUUGAACAAGUUUCCCCCUACUGGCUGAAUUCAGACGUUACAAGCAAAACUUUGAAUAUAGAAGUUUGUCUAGAAAUACCGAAAAACUGUGUUUUCCCAAAAGAUACUAUAAAUUACAAAUACUUUUGUAAACGCAUGGAAUAUUUAGCAAAGGUUGCAUCUUUCUUAAAAAAUUCAGAUUUGGUUGCUGAUAUAUUUUGGUCUUUAGACAACUCUGUAACUUAUAGGCCAAUUCUGAUUAUCGAACCGAAUGAGCUGAAGAAUGUUAAAGUUUUUGUUAAAACUGUAGUUCACAAAGAUGUUCUUUGGAAAUCAAGCCGAUUCCAGCCCGGAGCAAUUAAUGUUAAACCUGAAUAUUUCAAAAAGAGUGAAGUUGAACAAUCGACAAGUUUCUAUAAUGACAAUUUGGGCUUAGAAAAAUUUUAUUUUGAAUCCAGACGUCAGCUACAAGAAAAACUAAAACCUUCUGACACAGCCACGAAGGGGUGUAUCUUAUUAAAAAUUUGGUUGAGAAAUAGAUUUCUCAAUACUGGCUUUGGAAAUUUUAAUGAUCAUAUAGCUGAAUGUUUCUCCGUGUUUGUUCUUGAGAAAGAAGAAACUUUCCUUUCUCCUUUACACUUUUUUAAGAUUGCAAUGAAACAUAUAAAUGAAGACUUUUUUCUCAAGCCGAAAGCCUUGAACGGUGAAGUUGAUGAAGAAUAUAAGAAAUAUUAUGACGUAAUCUUCUUGGAUGGCUUUUCAAUAAAUCUUUGUUCACAUUGGCAUAAAAAUACAGUUGACAGGAUUAAGUAUGAAGCUAAAAUAGCCUUAAGUCUUAUCGAUGCUUCUCAGGGUUAUCAAUCCAAUCUUAUUGAGAAUUUAUUUGCAUAUGAAAUUCAGCCAGAAUUUGUUUUUGAUCAAGUUAUCUACAUUAAAAAAUGCAAACCUAUUGAAAGUGAAAUAAGUACAUGCUGUAAUAUAUUUUCUGCUGUUCCAAAAAUUAUUCAAAUACUGGAGAGAGCUAUUGGCAGAAGAGUUAAAAAUAUAAUACCAUAUUCAUCUCCUACUCAACCCUGGAAUAUAUUGUCUAAAAGAGAAGAAAAUACUUUGGCGAUAGGUUUAAUUUUAAACUUACAGCAUUCGUAUGAAAUAUUGGAAAAAGGACCUUCGGCUGAUUCCAAUGAAGCAAAAUCAUUUCGCAAUUUCUGGGGAGAAAAGUCUGAAAUGAGAAAAUUUCAAGAUACAUCAAUAUGCGAAGCGGUCGUAUUUCCAGCGGACAACGCUGCUAAAAAAAGAAAAAUUAUAACAAAAAUGAUUAAAUACAUAUUGGAAAGACAUCUCAAUGUUGUCAACAAUGACUUAAAAAUAUUAUCAAAUUCCAUCGACAGUCAAUUAACAGAAGAGGAAAAAGGAACCGGGGAAGAAGAAUUGGCCUCAGUUUGUUCCUCCUUCGACAAUUUGUGUAAAAUACUCCGUAAAUUGUCUCAGGAUCUGCCCUUACCAAUUCAAGCUAUUCAUGGCCUUCAUCCAAUAUUAAGAAUGACAUCAACCUCCUCUACUCCCGAAAUUAUUGAUAUUAUUUGUCUUCUAGAAACAAGCGGAAAAUGGCCAGAAGAUAUAAAUGCAAUAAAAAGGUUAAAAGUUGCCUACUUGUUGGAGCUAAGAAAAAAAUUAAAAUUGUCCAAUUAUCAAGUCGAACUGAGCAUUGACUUUCUAGAUGUAACAUUCAAUAAUUUGAAAUUUAGAAUAUCUGUUGCUCAAACAGGAGAAAUAACUAUGCUUAAGAUGAAUAAAUCAAACAAAGGAUUAAUAAAAUUCACAGAUACUGAAGAAUCCAUAGAAGCUCAGAAAUUGAUGGUAGCAAAGCCAUUAUUUGCAUCAAUGAUAAAAGGCCUGCAGCAGGAGUAUCCUGUCUUCAGUCUGUCUGUUCGUUUAGUAAAAAAGUGGCUUGAUUCGCAAAUGCUAUCGCCUUACUUUGAAGACGAAGCCAUAGAACUCCUCGUAGCAUAUAUAUUUCGAAGAAAAUCCUGUUAUAAUGCACCAAAUUGUUCACGUGUCACUUUUCUUCGAUUUCUUGAACUUAUAGCAUCAUUUGAUUGGAAAAUGUCUGGUUUGAUUAUAAACAUUGAUGAUAGUCUAUCUAAUAGUAGUAUGGAAGAAAUACGAAAAGAAAUUGUAAAAAGUAAAAAGACACUACCAUCUAUGGUUUUAUCCUGGUCGGGUGAUAAGAAAGGUUGCAUGUUUACAAAAUCUACUCCAGAUUUUAUAAUAAGACAUUUAGUGGUUCUCAGCAAGAAAAGUAUGGAAUUAUUGUCAAGUUCACCAACAAAUGUUGAAAUUCUCUUCAAACCGGAUCUUUCAAUUUUUGAUAUUCUUAUACAUGUGAAGAAAUCUGUUGGUAAAGAAAUCGUAGAAAAGUUCGUGAAUCGAAUAAAUUUGGCCUACAAGAGUAAUGCUAUUUUCUUCUUUGAUAAAAGCGAAAAUUUAAAAAUCGGAGGAAUAUGGAAACCCAAUGCAAAAAAUCGAUCCUUUUCUACAACCCACUGUCAUUAUGCAAGCCCUAAUUGGAACAGGGAGGGCGAAAUUAUAUUAACUAUCGAUUCAGAAGUUGUGAAGGAAGAUAUAAGAAUAUUAGGUAAAGAUGUAAUUAAUUCUAUUGCAAUAGUGAGACCAAUGGUUUAA